AUGGUGAGGCCUGCCCCAACCGGGGCCAUCGCGAGGCCCCCCCGGCCGCCAGCCAAGGAUGCUCGACGGGGGGACGCGGGCAGGCCGACGGCUCCCCCUCCCCUGCAGGCCUGCAGCGCGCACGAAGCGCCCCGCGGACGACGGCCUGGCGCUGGGCCCUGCUGCGGCCGCCGAGACCCAAGCCCGAGGGGCGGGGGGUCUCGGGCCCACGGAAGCCGCCCCGCCCCGCCCGGCUCCUGGGCCCAGGCCGCCGCCUCUCCCCGGGCCGGCGGGCGGGCGGGCGCGCAAGGGCGCGUGAGGCGGGGCCCCGAUCCAGGGCCCAGUCGCGCGCGGCCCCCUCAGCGCCGGGAAGAGCUGACCGCAGAGGAGACGCCGCGGAGCCUCACCGCCGCCACUCGCCGGGCCGGGCCGGGCCUCGCCGCCUCCCGCUCUCAACGCUGGCGGCGGCUGCUGCUGCCGCCUCCUCCUCCGUCGGUCUCCUCCGGACUAUGGCGGCGGCGGAGGCGACGCGACGACAAGAUGGCGGCUCCCUCCUUCCUUCCUCCCUGGCGCUCUUCCUCCUCCGCGCAGGCCACGCCCCCUCGCUUACCGGAUCACUGUCGUGCACUGGUGCGCGUGCGCAGCUGGGGAGAGACGCCUGAGCGUGGGCGGGGCGUGCGUCCGCGCGUGGGGCCUCUUCUGCGCGUGCGCCGUAGGCCUCGGCCCCUCCGGUCGCUGGUGGCCGGGAGUCGCUGGGGGAGGGCGCGCUGCCGUUCCCGGCCUGUGCGAGCUGCGCCGCCCCCGCCUCAGAAGAGCCCCGUCCCGUUGACCAGUGGAAAAGCCCAGGCGCUACCGGUCCUAGAGCGCAUGCGCUGUGGGCAUCGCCCUUCCCCCCGAGCGACCGCCCGCCCGACCAAGGAAGGCGCCCUCUAGAGGACGUCGUGCUCGCAACAAGCACCAAAGAUGGAAGCAGCAGUUCCGGGAGAGCGGGUGGGAGGUCACUGUGGGUCAGCCUGUGGGUCUGCUGCAACCGGCAUGUGCUGCGAGGGCGCCUGCAGCAGCAGCAGAAGUGCCGCAGAACAGCGGACGCCGCGGGGAUUUCCCCUCCGUUAACAAUGAGGCCCAGAGGGGAAGGGCAGCCUUCCAGCCCAACGCCUGUCCCAGGCCCCGUGAGUGCCCACUAGAGUCAAAGAGAGCGCAGAGGAACGACAAGGCCAAAGCAGAUCCUGCCUCACCACCCUUUGGAGCUCACUGAGGAAGAAGCACACUGUCGUGUAAAUACUGGUGGUAGACAUGACACCCUGCUUGCCUGACCAUUACUGCUACAUCCCAGUGGUCUUGCAUCUGCCCAAACACAGCUCUGCAGGACACAUUUGGGCCCCUACUGACCCCUGGUCUGGGCUAAGUGGUGGUGUGACCAGACACACUGCUUCUGCAGUCCGGUGGCUGCUUGCCUGCCUGGUGUUGUGCUGGGGCAUGGCCUUGCAAUCUACUUCCCAGUGAUUCCCAGAGGAUAUAGCAUAGCCCCUCAUUCCUCCUGAGUGGGUCAAGCUGGUGCUGACACGUACUGCCAGUUGAACUGGACCAAGUGGGAGAAGAACACCGGCCAGUGCCAGUGUGGUCCUGACCCCUGUAACAGCUGGUUCCAUUACAGCCUUCUGGUGCAUGGCUGUGUGCCCUAGGCAUGCUCUGUAGAUGGAGCUGUCCACCCUGAGAAGAUGGAGCAUCUCCUUCAGCCCUGCCUGGAAGCAUGUUUGCAUGCCCCUCCCACAGGGUUUGCAUAUGCGAAAGUAUGCCCCUCACAUAAAGUGGUAGUAAAGAGCCUGCCCAUACAGGGCUGGGCAACCAAUGGUCAUUGCGAUCAGUAGCAGCAUUAAGGUCCUUGCAGGUGUAUAUGAGAUCUCAUGUCCUCUGUACAUGCCUCUGUGGUCCAUCCUGAUUCCCUCUCAUGGGUGCAGACAGAACUGGAAUUACAGCACAUCAGACAACAUCUCAAGCUAUGACGAC